GCUGGGGCAACAUGCCAGCGUGUUGUGACAGUCGAAGACGAGACGCCAACAGCAUCGCUCUUGUCGUCGCCGUGGCUCCGAACCGCCGAAUGCCCGUUGAUGAUGCUGUAGUCUCUUAGUCCGUAAAGUCGUGCGUUUGACGAGUACUCGUACACGUAGUUGGCGCGUUUUUAUUGCCCGUUGGCCUGACGACGACGUAGACGACGACCAAAUUCAAGUUGGAAUCCCUCUGCCACAAAAAAAACAAGAAAACAAAAAACAAGAGAAAAUAUACAAAAAAAAAUGUCUCAUCAUUCUGUGUUUUUUUCGGUGGACAAGUGAAAUGUGCACAUUGCUCACCCGUUCCGGGUUCCAUUAUAACGUGACAACAAUUUUGAUUUGGCACGAAAACUUUGACUAAUGAAUAAAAGUAGACUGUGCAAAAAGAAUUUGUCCAAGAAACAGCAUUGAAACAGUAGCAGGAACCGGCAAAGGAAGAGGAGAAGGAAAAGUUCCCACAAGAAGGAGCAAUAUUUCGUAGCCAAAAUGAUGACUAAGUUGAGCCUGCUCCUGGCCUGCUUUUGCCUCAGCCUCAGCCUCUCCUGGCUGCCAGUGGGCCAGGCUCGCAUCGGCUACUUCUGGCACAUCAGCGACCUUCACUUGGAUACCAUCUACUCGACCCAGGGGGACAUUUACCGAAGCUGCUGGCAGUUGGAGCGACCCGUCUCCAGCUCCAGUUCGGGCUCCAAUGCCGCGAAUGCGGCCAGUGAGGCGCCAGGGCUCUUUGGGCACUACAACUGCGACAGUCCCUGGAGCCUGGUGGAGUCCGCCGUGAAGACAAUGAAGGCCAAGCAGGGCGACAAUGUGGAGUUUGUCCUCUGGACCGGGGAUGCCCUCUCGCACUCGGCCCAGCCGCUGUCCGAGCAGAAGCAGCACGAGAUCCUGCGCAACAUCACGGAUCUCCUCGGACGCAGCUUCUCCUCGCAGUUCAUAUUCCCCGUUUUGGGGCACGAGGACGGCAGCGGCAGCUACCAAAGGAUGGGCGAACUCUGGCGCCACUGGCUGCCUUCGGAAGCACUCGUGACCUUUGACCAGGGCGGCUACUACUCCAUCGAGCAGACGAAGAGCCGCCUGCGCAUCGUUGCCCUCAACACGAACUUCAUGCGCCUGGAUCACGACCCCCCAGAUCCGAGGGCAUCGCACAGCCUGCGCUGGCCAGUCGAGUACUAUGCAGAGCCCAAGGCCUCCGUCAGCUCCAUGUCCGCCCAGGAGGAGGUGCUGGCCGAGCAGCAGUGGCUCUGGCUGGAGGAGGUGCUCACCAAGUCGCGGGAUAAACUGGAAACGGUCUACAUCGUGGGUCACAUGCCGCCGGGCGUGGACGAGCGUCAUCUGGGACCGCAGCAGCACAACCAGUUAAUGUUCACGGAGCGCAACAACCGGCGGUAUCUGGAGAUGGUGCGCCGCUUCGCCUCGGUCAUCCAGGGACAGUUCUUCGGCCACCUGCACUCGGACACUUUCCGCCUGAUCUACGAUGCCCAAGGACACCCCAUCUCUUGGAUGAUGAUUGCCCCCUCGAUUGUGCCACGGAAGGCGGGCAUCGGCUCAUCCAAUAAUCCGGCCCUGCGGCUGUACAAAUUCGACACGGGAAGCGGCCAGGUGCUGGACUACACCCAGUUCUGGCUAGACCUGCCACUGGCUAAUCGGGCCCAGGAGCCGCUCUGGCAGCCCGAGUACAAUCUGACGCACUACUACGCCCUCUCCGAGAUCUCCGCCCUGGCGUUGCACAAUUUUGCGGAGCGCUUCACGGGCACCGAUGCCUCCUGGUUCACCAGAUACCACAGAGCCAAUGCCGUGCGAUAUCAGUCCGGUACGCCCUGCCAGGGCCUGUGCAUGCUCAAUCAUUACUGCGCCAUCACGCGCCUGGACUACGACGAGUUCCGGCUGUGCCUGGAGGAGGAGCAGCUGCCGUUGCAGGGCCGAGCGGCCAUGUCCGCGCUUCCACAGUCGUGGAGCUGUCUGCUUGCUGCUCUGGGUGCUCUUUUUUAUGGCCUGCAAAGGAUGUUGUGGGGGCAGAGCAGCAGGCGAUGCAGCAGCAAUUGCCGCAACCAGCGAAUUUAAGCGUUCUCGUUUAAGCCAGAACAUAUCAAAAACGUGGGGAGGAUGGAGAUGCCACCAGAAAGGAAAUGGACGAUGAGGAUAGGGAUGAGAAUGAGGAUGAGGAUGAAGAUGACUUGCCGCUCACUGGCUCACCAAUUCCUAUAUA